UACCGGUCGAGUAUAGCCGACAACUAAUCAAUGAAGGUGUGUUUCUCAAAUAUCGGUAUAAAAAUUUCAUCAACUUUAGUAGAUAAAUAAACAAAUUCGGAUUGUUUGUGCGAUAAAAAGCCUGAGCCUGUUCUUGUCUUUGUCGCUUUGUAAAAUGGCGUAAACUGCUCGUACCGGCAGUGUUAAAUUUACCAGUAGAACUUUAUCAAAAACAGUUCAAAAUGAGUUCCAGUGGACAGUCCAAAUUAAAAAAGAAACAUUUCAGGGUAAAACACCAAAAAGUGAAGCUUUUUAGGGCUAACGAGCCUUUUCUGAGUGUAUUUAUGUGGGGAAUAAAUCACACAAUUAAUGAACUGAUGCAUGUAACAAUUCCUGUGAUGUUAUUACCAGACGAUUUCAGGGCAUAUUCAAAGAUCAAAAUUGAUAACCAUCUGUUUAAUAAGGAAAAUAUGCCAUCACACUUUAAAGUCAAGGAAUACUGUCCAAUGGUGUUUCGUAAUAUUAGAGAGAGGUUUGGCAUUGAUGAUUUAGAUUACAAGGAAUCACUAACUAGGUCCCAACCCUUACCAGAUGACUCUGCUGGCAAAAGCGGAGCCAAAUUUUACCAAAGCUAUGAUAAAAUAUUCAUUAUAAAAACUUUGACUUCAGAGGAAGUGGAAAGAAUGCAUUCAUUCCUUAAACACUACCAUCCUUAUAUUGUUGAAAGGCAUGGUAAAACUUUAUUGCCUCAAUACCUUGGAAUGUACAGGCUAACGGUUGAUAAUGCAGAACACUACAUCGUCGUUAUGCGAAAUGUCUUUUCAAAUCAUUUGAGUAUGCACCGAAAGUUUGAUCUUAAAGGAUCGACAGUAGAUAGAGAAGCCUCUGAAAAAGAACGGGAAAAGGAGCUGCCUACAUUAAAAGACAAUGAUUUUGUAAAUGAACAGAUGAAGGUUUAUAUUGGUGAAGAGGCAAAGGCAAAGCUUAUGGAGACAUUAACUGCCGAUGUGGAUUUCUUAACUAAAUUGCACCUAAUGGAUUACAGUUUACUUCUUGGCAUCCACGAAGUAGAACGGGGCGAACAAGAAUUGCAAAGGCAAAGAGAGUUAGAAGCUGAGAACCCUCCCGACUCUGAUGAAAGCGAAUCCGGAUCCGGGUUAGAGAACAGGAUGGGUCAGAUGGGAUUCAGUACACCUCCGGACUCGCCUAACGCAGUCUCUCAUUACCUCAGGGAGCACAGUCUCCAAUACGAAGGUAAAUUUAGUAAAAUUUACCAGUACAUUAACACUGUUUCAGGAGGUAUUAUUCCCGAAUUAGACAUCUAUGCCAUACCAUCUUGCGAGUCAGCACCCGUCAAGGAAAUCUACUUCGUGGCCAUAAUUGACGUGCUGACACACUACGGUGUAAAAAAACAAGCGGCAAAGGCUGCUAAAACCGUCAAAUACGGUUCGAACGUCGAUGGGAUAAGCACCUGUGAUCCGGAGCAAUAUGCCAGACGAUUUAUCGAUUUUAUGAGCAAAGCUAUCGAAUAGGGCUGUUUUUCUUUGGCGUUAAUUGAAGCGGCAUGACUUACGGAGCAAAGGUCUGCCUCACAUCUGGAGAGAGAAGAUUGAUAAUAAACGUGUCUAAUAUUUGUAUUUUUUUUUGUUUAUGUUUAUAUUAUACAGAUUAGUUUUUUCUAUUUAAUACUUGGCAAGGUUAGAGUGUUAAUGUUUUACAGUAAUAUUUGUAACUCCUUUUUUUAUUUUUCUUUUCUAAUAGAAAAAUUAGGGUGUAUAAUAAAUAAUUUAAAGAUUUAAUCUGAAACAAUGGUUGUGUUAUAGGAAAAGCAGUAUUUAAAAGAUUUGAUAAGCGGACAGAUCUUAAGAAUUCUAAGAUAUAAGUACUAUACUAUUAAAAGUACAGCUUAUUAAAAAAAUGGUGCAAAAAAUUAAAGGAAUCCCUUUGUUGUUGAAGUUGCAUUAAAAAAAAGAGUGUUAACCGGAGUUUUCAUUUAUUGGUUAUAGUUUUGGACCCAUCAAACGAUUCUGUUGUACACCCUAUAUUAUAUUAUCGCUUCAUAUUUGUUAACCAUAUUUCAGUUUCAAGACAAAUGGUCCAUUAUUGUUCUAGAUUUUCAAAAAGUUGCCUUUUUCUAAUCAUACUAAAAUACUUAUGCCGAAAAAUCUUACAAUAAUUAAAGUAUAUAUAUUAGUUAGCUAAAAUCCUUAAAGAAUUUAUAAAAUUUCUUUGAAGAAAAUAUCAGUACAAUACUAGUUAGAGUCGUGUUGAUGGAUAACGUAGCUUAAGAAUGCUAAAUCGUUUCUCUUAAUAUGAGAUUUGUAGUUUUAGACUUCGUAACACAAUUAUAAUGGAUAUUUGGUUAGUCACAAAACAUGUUUAAUUUUAUUUUUUUACAAUAGGUUCGUAGUUCCAAACACACCAAAAGAAUUUAAACGCAUAAUUUGUAUAUUUUUUUGUAAAAGGGUGAAGUAAAGGGUUUUAAAGUAAAAAUACCUUUUAUGUUAACUCCAGCAAUAUCAUAUCUAGUCUAUACAUUUGACCGCAAAGCUUAAAAAGCACGCGAAAAUGUUUUUAAUAUUUGCGCCACUAAGGGUAAUUGUUAAGUCUUAGGAUAGUUUGCUUAUGCUCGAAAAGCAAUUUUUUUACAUCUAAGGAGUUUAGCAUAAUUAAGAAAUAAUUUUAAGAACGUAUUUUCAUUUAAUUCUCUAUCAAGCGAAAAACUUGCUAGAACUUAUAUAACUAUGGAUGUUUUUAAUGAGUUUCCUUGAAGAACGUUUUAAAAUUGAACUAAAAAUGUCUAAGUAACUUAUUAAAUUCAACAUAUAUUUAGUUCAAUUUACGUAAUAGUUCUUAUAACAAGUUUUAUUUGAAUGUUCUAUUAAAUAAGUGCUUUUUUAAUGUCUUAUGAAUAUUUCACAAGAAUUACCUUAUUUCAACCGUAAAAAUACUUUACUCAUUAAAAAUAAGGGCACUACUGUAUGUUUACUAAGGUAUACUCAUAUUUGUACAGGAUGGUUUUCCUCCAAAUAUACUUUAUUAUAAUAAUUUUUUAAACUUUAAAAUGGCUACUGUUUAUGGCACCCACCUAGUGCUAUCAAAUUCCAAUAAUUGGCUCAUUCCAUAAUGUAAAUAAGUUAUAAUUAAUAAAUAAAUUCCUUUUAUGAUAAAUUAGAUUUGUACAUAAUUAUAAGAUACUGCAUCUUUGUGAUGUCAUAUUUACAAACUUUUGUAUAAUUUUAUGUUAUAUUUUGUAUUUCUAUUUGUUAUUUUAUUUGUAAUAUGGCUUAUAUCUAAAAUAUACGAUUUGCAAUUUUA